GCCGCUCGUUUUCUCACUUUAUUUUGGUUCCCACGAGUGGAAAGACGGGUUCCCAGGGUCUCACUUCUCCACAAGGACACGUUAAAAGAAACCAGGAUGAUUUACAAUCAUUUGCAAACAAGUGAUAAGUCAUCUGCGAAUUAAGCGGCAGCCUUAUGCUGUGGGGACGCCUCUCUUUGAUCAGCAGUCGCAUAACACCUAAAUAAAACAGAUGGACCAUCGCAGCUGUAAUGCAGCAGAAGUGCAAAAGGUUUGGCCCACAAUAAACUUCUUCCCCCGAGCGACCUCACUCACACCCGCCAGCCAAUCAGAAGCAGGCUUCAUGAACCUACUUAUAAGCACCCGCUGCUAUCCAGGCUGCUUUCCCCCCAAAAAAAAGCUUCUGCAGAGUCUCUGGACAACAUGACCAGGAAGCUACAAACUCCUGAAGACGGAACGAGUAGAAAAAGGAUUUUGAAGCCAGUUGUGGAGAAGAAGAGAAGGGAUCGAAUAAAUCAAAGUCUCGCUGAGCUGAGACGUUUGCUGUUGCUUUCCACGUCCGAUCCUCGACUCCAGAAUCCUAAAAUUGAGAAAGCAGAGAUUCUGGACUUGGCUGUGGAGUAUCUUAAGAAGUGGGCUGAUAGGAAGGACUUGAACAAUGACUUGCGGCCUCCCGCGGCUUUGGGGAAACGUGGACCCGCUGAGUCCAGAUUUGCCCCUCUGGUCAGCAGUGAGAGCGCAGGCUUCCAGCAGUGCAUGGCCCAGCUGAACAGCUACAUGCACAGGAUCCCGCCGACGCAGAGGACCAGCCUCACCGAGGGGCUGAAGCAUCGGGGGCCCAAGCUCAACUCCGUCCAGGGCGUCUGGAGGGAGCCGGAAGCCGCGUCCGGGGAGGCAGUUUGUACCUCGGAGGGCAGAGGGGAGUCUCCCUGGCUGCUCUUCCCUCCCCAUCCCACCUUCCAGCCUCUCUCCUGCUCCACACCAUGCCACGACUACCUCUCCCCGCCGCCCUCUCCCUGGUUCUCACCCUCCUUCUCCACUUUCACCGCCUCGCCUCCUUUCCCGUCCUUUGCCUGUCCCUUCACCUUCCCCCCCAGCCUGUCACCUCCGUCCUCCUCUAAUGCCUCCUUCCUGAGGAGCAUCUCCCCCACACUUCCUCACGCCAGCCCUCUGGGCCUCCCCGUCCCCCCGCUAACGUCGUUAAUACCCCCGCUGCACCUCCGACACAGGGAGGUGUCGCCGGCACACUCUCUGUCACCCGUCUGGAGGCCCUGGAUGGGAUGAGAGACCGGGACACCUGGCACAGCGACAGCAGAGCCACCUAGAGGGAGUUCUGUGCAACUGUGGGAAGCGAC